CGGGGCCGCGGUGCGCGGGGGGCGGCGGGAGCGGCGGGAGGGCUGGUGCCGCACAGCCGCGCCGGUCCCGGCGGGGGCAUGAGGCGUGCGGGGAGCGGCGCGGCAGAGCGCGGGUCGGCGCGGCCCUGAGCGAAGCUUCCGCCCCGCGCUCCGGCAGAGCGACUAUGGCUGGGGGAAGGCGAGGGCUGGUGGCGCCUCAGAACACGUUCCUGGAGAACAUCGUGCGAAGGUCUAACGAUACUAAUUUUGUCUUGGGUAAUGCCCAGAUAGUGGAUUGGCCCAUUGUCUACAGCAAUGAUGGAUUUUGCAAGCUAUCAGGAUAUCACAGAGCAGAAGUUAUGCAAAAAAGCAGCACCUGCAGUUUUAUGUAUGGAGAGCUGACAGACAAAGAUACAAUUGACAAGGUCCGUCAGACCUUUGAGAACUAUGAGAUGAACUCCUUUGAAAUCUUGAUGUACAAGAAGAACAGAACGCCUGUCUGGUUCUUUGUGAAAAUAGCUCCGAUUCGAAAUGAGCAGGAUAAAGUGGUUUUAUUUCUUUGCACUUUCAAUGACAUAACGGCUUUCAAGCAGCCCAUUGAGGAUGACUCAUGUAAAGGCUGGGGAAAGUUUGCUCGCUUGACCCGUGCCCUCACAAGCAGCCGAGGCGUCCUGCAGCAGCUUGCUCCGAGCGUGCAGAAAGGAGAGAAUGUUCAUAAGCAUUCGCGACUUGCUGAGGUAUUGCAGCUGGGCUCUGAAAUCCUUCCGCAGUACAAACAAGAGGCACCAAAGACUCCACCACAUAUAAUUUUGCAUUAUUGUGUUUUCAAGACUACCUGGGACUGGAUCAUUUUGAUUUUAACCUUCUACACUGCUAUUUUGGUCCCCUACAAUGUCUCCUUUAAAACCAAACAGAACAAUGUGGCAUGGCUAGUUGUCGACAGCAUUGUAGAUGUCAUAUUUUUGGUAGACAUUGUGCUUAAUUUCCAUACCACCUUUGUGGGACCAGCAGGAGAGGUGAUCUCUGACCCAAAGCUGAUUCGCAUGAAUUACUUGAAGACCUGGUUUGUGAUUGAUCUGCUCUCAUGCUUGCCGUAUGAUGUCAUCAAUGCAUUUGAGAACGUCGAUGAGGGCAUCAGUAGCCUCUUCAGUUCACUUAAAGUGGUCAGGCUACUUCGGCUGGGUCGCGUAGCUCGGAAGCUGGACCACUACAUUGAAUAUGGAGCAGCAGUCUUGGUUCUGCUGGUGUGUGUAUUUGGUCUUGCAGCACACUGGUUGGCCUGCAUUUGGUACAGCAUAGGAGACUAUGAAGUUAUUGAUGAGGAUACAAACACCAUCCGACAUGAGAGCUGGCUCUAUCAGCUGGGGGUGUCAAUAGGAACACCUUAUCGCUUUAACACAUCGGGCUUUGGAAAAUGGGAAGGUGGACCAAGCAAAGAUUCGGUGUACAUCUCCUCGUUGUAUUUUACGAUGACCAGCCUCACCAGUGUUGGAUUUGGGAACAUUGCUCCAACUACCGAUGGGGAGAAGAUCUUUGCUGUUGCUAUGAUGAUGAUUGGCUCCCUUCUGUAUGCGACCAUUUUUGGUAAUGUGACAACUAUAUUUCAGCAAAUGUAUGCUAAUACAAACAGAUAUCAUGAAAUGCUGAACAGUGUCCGGGACUUUCUAAAGCUCUACCAGGUCCCUAAAGGACUGAGUGAACGUGUGAUGGAUUACAUCGUUUCCACCUGGUCAAUGUCCAGAGGAAUAGAUACUGAAAAGGUUUUACAGAUAUGCCCUAAGGACAUGAGAGCAGAUAUCUGCGUGCAUCUGAACCGCAAAGUUUUCAAGGAGCACCCAGCCUUCAGGCUGGCGAGCGACGGGUGCCUGCGAGCGCUUGCCAUGGAGUUUCAGACAGUGCACUGUGCCCCCGGAGACCUGAUCUACCACGCCGGAGAGAGCGUCGACAGCCUUUGCUUUGUGGUUUCGGGGUCUUUGGAAGUAAUCCAGGAUGAUGAAGUUGUUGCUAUAUUGGGCAAAGGAGACGUUUUUGGUGACGUGUUCUGGAAGGAGUCUACCCUCGCCCAGUCCUGCGCUAAUGUAAGAGCUUUGACUUACUGUGAUCUUCAUGUGAUUAAGAGAGAUGCCUUGCAGAAAGUGCUGGAGUUCUAUACAGCCUUUUCACAUUCCUUCUCCAGAAAUCUCAUUUUGACCUACAACUUGAGAAAAAGGAUUGUGUUCCGGAAAAUCAGUGAUGUCAAACGUGAAGAAGAGGAGAGGAUGAAGAGGAAGAACGAAGCACCUCUGAUCUUGCCCCCGGACCACCCGGUCCGCCGGCUGUUCCAGAGGUUCAGGCAGCAGAAGGAAGCGCGGCUGGCGGCAGAGAGGGGCAGAGAUCCGGAUGACCUGGACGUGGAGAAGGGCAACGUUUUGGGCGAGCACUCCUCCACCCGCUCCGUGGUCAAAGCCAGCGUCGUGACCGUACGAGAGAGCCCGGCCACCCCUGUGUCGUACCAGCCCGCUUCAACCUCUGGGGCCUCUGACCAGGCAAAGCUGCAGGCCCCCACAUCAGACUACGCAGGGUGCAAGGUGCCAGGGGAAUACCCCCGACGAAAAGGCUGGGCCAAAUUCAAAGAUGCCUGUGGGAAAGCUGAAGACUGGAACAAGGUCUCUAAAGCAGAGUCCAUGGAGACUUUACCAGAGAGAACUAAAGCUUCGGGAGAAGCUACCCUGAAGAAGACAGACUCUUGCGAUAGUGGCAUUACAAAAAGUGACUUGCGCUUGGAUAACGUUGGGGAGACAAGAAGCCCGCAGGACCACAGCCCGGUCCUCACCGAGGUCAAGCAUUCCUUUUAUCCCAUCCCAGAACAGACUCUUCAGGCCACCAUGCUAGAAGUGAAACAUGAGUUGAAAGAGGACAUCAAGGCUUUAAACACAAAAAUGACCAAUAUAGAAAAACAGCUGGCUGAGAUACUUAGGAUAUUAACCUCAAGAAGAAGCUCCCAGUCGCCACAGGAGUUGUUUGAAAUAUCAAGGCCACAGUCUCCAGAAUCAGAAAAAGACAUGUUUGGAGCUAGCUGAGGUGUUUCUUUUUAAAAGCAAACAAACAGAGAAACAAACAAACAGCCCCCUAACAUUUUAAAUUUAAUCUUUCUUGAAAAUGAGUGAGGGACCAGUUCUCUAAGCAUGUUCCCUUUGUCUAGAAAGGUACGGUAACAGGAAUUGCAACCUCAUGUCAAGAUGGCAGCUGACUCUGAAGCCUUUUUGACAGCAAGGGUACAGUUUCUAAAGUUUUUCUUUUCUCUGUUGGUGCCCAUUCUCCCCACUCCCUCUCUCUCCCUUGGAAUGUUGGAAUGAGAGUUCUGACAGCAGUAGCCGUCCCCGUGAGUCCCAGGUGACCUCUGAGGUUUUUGGAGCAUGCCUUACCAUGCUAGCUUGGGUUUUGCCUAUGAAUAAGCACUUGCCAGGGUGCUUAUGUUUUCAGCAUUGAUUUUGGGUUUUGUUUGCUGCUGCUGUUGUCACUGUCUCAGUCACCUAUACAGCAUGUUAAAUGUCACAGUAUAUUUUGAUGUAUCUGUAAUAAGAAAGAGCAGUAGGAGACAUGUAUGUCAUUUCAACAUGUACCGAACCUAUUUUUGGGUAGUCAAGGAAGGGCUAAAAAGUUGAAAAAAUUGUAUCCUUUAAUUGCAAACUGACAUAUUGCUAAAGCAAUCAUAUUUAGCAACGUCCUCACUAAUAGCCACAGUAUUUCAGGUCUGUUAAUAAGUGGGAUCUUCCACAUUCUCAUUCAAUGAGUUAAGGACACUGGUUUUCAAAAACUUGUGUUUCUAAUGUCUUAGAAUCGUGUUACUUUUGCUUUUAACUCCAGCUGCUGGAGGACAGAGGGUUGGGUGUGCAGUGUACCUGAGCACAGCCCACUGCACCACAUCAGUAACGGGUCCUGCAGAUUUGCCUCCCAUGAAAAUAUACUGUGGCAUUUGUGUCCUGUUUUUGCCAUGAAUCUGCUCUUUUAGUUCUUGUUAAACUAUUAUGCAGAAGUUUCUCUUUUGAUACUGUUCAUUGUGGCCAAAGGCUUUCCCAGAACUUUUGAAGAUUUUAUAUUGUGGCAUUUUCCUCUGCAUCCAGAUGUCUUGUUCCGGAUCUGAUCUAGCCAGUAAACAAAUGGAAGUAGAGGUAGAAAUACAGUGCUUACUGUAUACAAGUGCUAUUGUAGCAAGGAAACAAAACGAUCUACUUCUUAAAGAAGGAGAUGUUUCCAAAACCUAUAGUUUCAUGACUUUUUUGGAGGAAGAUUGAAGCACUUUACCAAAACUGUUCUUCGUUAGUCGUUAGGUAGGGUGGCCUAGCUGGUAUCAUGGCUUUGGUCAUCACCUUGGGAUAUAGAUGUAUAUGCACAGUAUAUUCUCUCCACUGAUCUGGUAUGCUCACUAUUUAACGGUAGGUUAGAGCUCAGAAGCAUGGGGCAAACUUUAUUGGAUUUUCAUUUUUAAUGGCAAUAGGUCUUAACACACUGUGGGAGUAGUUAAAGUUCAUUCUUUUUCUAUGGUACAAAGUCAUUUACAAAAAACAUAUGGUUGUGGGGGAAGAUUUUUGUUCAUAUUAAGUAAGGAAAAGGCAAGGAAAACAAAACAAAAGAAAGCAAAAACUAUUGGAAAGGGUGUGUGAUGGCCUGAUGCUUGCACGCUGCAAUGCAGAACUGUGUCAGACAUCCCUGGGGCAGUGCGAGGUCCCCUGAUGAACCGGCACGGUGGUGAGGCCGUGCUGCGCCAAGCCACCCGCUCACGUCCGCAGGCAAAUGGUUUAGGAUUGGCUUGGUGUCAAGGUUUGAUUGCAGGAUGACAAUAAAACCAUGGCAGAUGUAUUGUUAACCCCCUCUCGCCCCCUCUAGCCCCUCCCUCUCCCCCCUUCCCACUAAGGACAAGCGAUUGGGAGGGAAAGAAGGACAGAGAGAAGAGAGUUGGAAAAAUUAAGAAUGUUUUACUAAUGCUACUAAUAAAAUUAGAGAAAAUAAUACAAAAUAUGCAAAACUAAUCUUGAAAGUCCCGGCAGAUGUAGGGCCAGCACCCGAAGUCCUGGACUGGACUCUGCAGCCAACUGGAGCUGGAUUCAGUCUGUCACUAGGCCUCAGUUCGCAGGGACGACUCGCAAGGUCCUCUCCUAAUGUCGGCCAUAAGGAAAAGGGACGAGAUCCUCAUGAUCUCCCACUUUUAUAUGAAGUAUCAAGUGAAUGGGAUGGAAUACUUAGUUGGUCAGUUUCAGUUCACUACUUCUUGUUGCCCCUCUCGUGGGAUGUGCAUCCAUCCUUAUCAAUUUAGCGACCUUGCAUACCAUUGCUAUGUCUACCAAAACAUGUAUCUGGCUUUCAGGGAAGUGUAGUUAGUAAGAAGACUUUAGCUGACAGGAAAAUUCACUGAAAGAGAAACUUGUUUUUUAACAAAACCAGGACACUUGGUUCGAUAUGGUAGUGCCCACAGAUUAUGAAAUAUUCCCGAGAAACAGCUCUCGGGAUCAAAUCUGUGAGUUACCUUUUCCCUCCUGCAAGAAAAAGCAGUAGGGAGGUGACUUGCUCUGAAACACAGGUGCCAUUUCUUUAAUUUAUUUCUGGUUCCAUGUUUAGGUUUCUCCAGUGGUAACUGGUGUGUUUUACAGUUCCGCACUGCAGACGUGCAGUACUGAGGAAGGCUCUCAUUGACCAAAGUCACCCUGUGUGUUUGCUGCAUUGAUCACUUCAAGUGACAACAGUUACCUGUAAUAGCUAUGGCACAAUUGCCAUAAGGAAUCCAUAUAAGAAUGGUUUCUUUUAGAAACCGCUGAAUGCUUUUUUUCCUUUCCUUUUUCUUCCUAGCCUCCUCAGUCAGUAAAUUCAGCAGAUAGUGAAAUUAUGCUUAAGUAAAACAGAGGUGUACUAAAAUACAAGGAUUUUUAAUUGAUGCCCAAAAGUUCCAGCAAGUUUUUAGAGACUGACUUGGAGCCAGUUUCCUAAUCCAGGCAAAUUCCUCAUACUAGGUUUUCUUCAUAAUAUUUUUGAGAUGCUGCAAGUCUCGAUGAACUUAGCACUUUGUGAAAGUGUCACCCACCUACCUGCAAUUGGGUAAACAUGGAAAUUAGCUUAUCCCAGGUGGAUGAGGGAGGAAAUGUUUAUAUUCUCCAAAGUAUGUGCCUAAUAUCUCCAGCACUGCAGUACAGAUAUAAAACAAAAUGUGCGGUUGCAGGUUCCCUGACCCUUUGCUGCUGAUACUGAGCUGAUGUUUCUUAGUUGUAUUUUUAUGUGCCCUCAGGGAUAUGUUAAGGCUUAUUCUGGUGUCACAGCAGGGUCAGCCCUGGAAGCCCCUUUAUUGGCCACACCAGUGACUGAAAGAACCCAAGCCCCCAUUUGUUGGGGUUACUCCUUGUGUAGCCUGACAUUCAGUAUGACACCGUACCCAUGCACACCCGGUGUGACAGUGGGUGGGUGCAGCACAAGUCCUUUCUUCAGGCUUUUAUAAGGCUUUUGUGAUGGCUUAUAAAGCCAUUUAUAAUCUCUUUGUAAAGCCUUCAAAGAUUGUCAUAUACUCCUGAAUCACGCUUAAAAUGUAAUGUCUUUGAAGAUUAUGGCCAAAUUUGAUUUUGUUACAGUCAUGAAACUCGGAGCAGCUCUGCUCUUUACGACACCUUCAGGGUGUCUGCUCCAGGUCAGCACUGAGAGCGGUCAGUGUCAUUCAGAUUUGCACAGCUGUAACUGAGAUUAGACCAGUUUUAUUACGAUUUUAUGAACUGGCAGGCACUAAAACCAGUUGUGGGAGACCGCAUCAUCCCUAAAUAACCCGUAUAUGUUGUAAAAGAAUUUUUAAUAAUAUACUAUCAGUAUGAGCUUUGGUCUCUGGAUUCCCUGGGCUACUGAGUGGGUAAAAUGAGCAAAAUCUUGCCUGCUAUGGGACUCGUCCCUCCUUUGAACCUUGGACUAAUUUGGACUCAUGCUGUGGUGCCCAGGCUCCACAGAUGCAGGACAUCUACUUUGGAGAGUGGUUGAAAGCACCCGUGUUACAAAUCUGUCUGUCUCCAUUAAGCCUUACACUUAGAUGCCUAGGGCUGGACGGUGUGCGUGCCCACCAUAAUUGUCACUUGUUCUUCCAUUUUAUUUGUCACCUGUUCUUUUUUUUAUUUUUUUGAGUUUCUCUCUACAUGUUGGUUAAGGCUUUUCACUUAAAUUGUCUUCCACCUGAGAAAUGAAUGAUCUCUGAACAUGAGACUCUGCCCCUUAACAAGCAAAUGUCUGUACAUACCAUGAGAGCAAAUAAAAGGCAACAAGCCUGUUUUAACUGUGUUCUGGCAUAGUGCUUCUGCCGUUUAACAACUUGCUAAGUAACCUACAUUAAUCUAAAGGAGAUGCUGUAUUCCAUUUUUACCAUAAGAUUGAAUUAGAUUUCAGUCAAAAGCAGGUAGUUGAGAGAAAGAGCCUGGGUUAAGAUUUGGGACAACAUGGACUUUUAUAAGUUAAUUCUUAAACUGUUGGAAAGACCACUGAGACGCAGCACAGGAUUAAAAAAGCAAAACCUGACCCUCACCCCUACCAUGUUCAGAUAUAUUUACUUCUGUCUGUUAUUAUGUAUACUUUUAAAAACACCAUUCUUGCUUUAAAUCUCUUUCACAGUGCUGCCCUGAACCCCAGCGAACACCCUGUUUAACAGCUUCGAAGGUGAUAUUCUGCUUCUACAGUACUUCACUUUAAUGAACCGAACAAGAUAUUUACUGUGAAUAUCUGGUGAUAUAUUUUCAAUCACUCUUAACCAGUCUGUGAAAGAAUUUAAUACAUGAUUUGUCUUUACUAUAUAAACAACGUGUAUGAUUACACUUGUGCAGAUGCGUGUACAUACACACAGAUAUAUAUAAUAUCUAUGUAUAGAUAAGUCUAUGGAUUGCAUUUUUGUUAUGUAAAAGCACAUCCCUCAUUUAAUGAUUCCAGUUCACGAAGGGAGCGUCAAUCUUCCUGGUAGACAUCCACCGAAUGUCCUAGUUACUAUCUUGUUUGUUAACUGUUGAACUGUUAAGGCCAUGACUUUUGAUUUCUCUAGUUGGCCUCAAUUUUAUACUGUUACUCCGGCAAAUAUUGUGACUGAGGGAAGAUCUGGUAAGUGUUGUGAUGGUCAGGAAACAGAAAUACAUGUGAAAUUGGAAAAAUGCUGUGUCGUAAUCGGAGGGAAUAAGGCUCGCAGGCUGCUAUUUUUUGCUCACAGUUUCUCUGUGGCGAAGCUGCCCUGGUGGUGCUUCUCGUGGCUUCUCCUGCAAGAGAGACGGUGGAAUAAAUGGAUUUCUUUUUCCUGGUACCAGGGGCUGUCUCAAAGGUGCUGAGCCUACCCUUCUUCUCACAGGCAGCGUAACACGUGGUCGCUGCACCUCUGCUUUCUUGGCCUGGUGUUAGGUGGUGAAAAGCGUGUUCUACUGAAUUCUUCAUUUCCACAUAGUCUCCUGUGGGUGUAUUUGCAAUAACAAAGUCUGUGUUUCAGCUGCAUUCUGUUUCAUUGAGACAAACCUUUCAGAGAGAGACCCGUGCAGGGGAAGCUCCAGAAACUUGAGGUGAGGCACAGUAGGUUACUGUAUCCUCCAAUCUGACAUAAUUUUGACCACAUUGUUGUGGCAAGCAUUGAUUCAAUUAAAUAAAUAUAAAGCUUUUUGCAAUAAGAUAUAUCCAACAUUUAGCCUUAAGACCCUUUCAUAAGUGAUAUAAUUCAAACUGUGAUUCCGUUCUCCUUCCUUCUUAAUGUUCUGUAGUAUUUACAGUGUUGCCUGAAGAUGAAGCACUUUGAUUAGCUUUCUAAAUCUAAUGGUAAUCACUUGCUGGUAAUCACAUUUCUUUCUCCACUUAUUGCCUUCUUAUUAGGAUAAAGGAUUACUCCAAUAGCCCUCUCCCCUCAUAAAACAAAGAGAUGUAACUAUUGUCUGAACACUUUUGUAUAUCAGGGAGCCAACCUGUCAUAUCGCGUGUUUGUUUCAGAGACUUUUUUUUUACAGUUCGACAAAGCUAAUGUGGAUUUAUCUGCAAGUGUAAUUUGUUUCAAGCUGAUUGUUGAGUGUUGUGUAAACAUAUUUGACGUGUAAUCCCAGAACAUCUCUGUAACUCGAUCUAAAUACCUAAUGUUAACAAAACAGUUUGGGGUUUUCACUAACUGUUCUGAAAGGCUCAUGGUUUUUUUCUUCUUCCCACUGAAUCUGUGACCACUAACAUAGAAAAAGAAUCAUUUUAGCUGUAGAUGAAAGAAGUUCAAUAAUCUUGUAUCAGGAUGAACUGCUACAUAAAGAAAUACCAAGUUUUCUAAUGAAUGUGUUAGAUUAUUGCACCUACAUACAAUCGAUAUUUGUACAUCUGUUGGAGACCUGUCUGCGUUUCAAUAUUUAGCCACCACUGCACGGACACUUUAUUGAUAUGCGGUUAAUGCAGUUGCUUUGGCGCUUUUCAAUGUACUUCACUUGUUUUUAUCCUUUCAGAAAUCCACCAAAUAUUCUUGGUUCUUUUUCUUUGCAUUUGUCACUUUGUUCAAUGAAGCAUGACUAGAAAAAGAGAACGAAUAGAUACUAUUUUUGUGGUCAGCAAAGGAGCUGCCAAUAGAUAGACAGUGUGUGUAUGUAUGUGCAUAUAUAUAUAUGCACUGUCUGGGAAUGUUUCAGUUACAAAUGCAGCCACCUACAUUAACGAUAUCCCUAUUCAACAUUUUUAAACAAGCACAAAUAAUAUUUGUAAAAAAAAGUUUAAUUUUAUUUAUUAUAGUAAUAAACUAUUUUAUACAUUA